CCCAGAAUGCAACCUCCCCUGCUUCCGACCUUGACCUUCCUGUGUCUCCUGGUGGCACUGGCCCAUGGGAACCUGGUUCAGCUUGGGAUCAUGAUCGAGAGGAUGACAGGGAAAUCCGCACUACAGUAUAAUGACUACGGCUGCUACUGCGGGGUUGGUGGCUCCCACUGGCCUGUAGACCAGACUGACUGGUGCUGCCAUGCCCAUGACUGCUGCUAUGGGCGCCUUCAGAAGCUGGGCUGCGAGCCCAAGCUGGAAAAGUACAUCUUCUCUGCUGGCUUCCGUGGCAUCCUCUGUGCCGGCAGGACUGUCUGCCAGCAGAAAACCUGUGAGUGUGACAGGAAGGUUGCACUCUGCUUUCGCCGCAAUCUGGACACCUACAGCCGCAAGUAUGCGCACUACCCCAACAGGCUGUGCACCGGACCCACCCCACCCUGCUGA